CACACACCGUUGCAUUAUUGUUGAACUGUACGUCAGAAACUCAUUUCCUAGGAUGGCGUCUUCUAAUAAUAAAUUUUCACGGGAUUCAAAAGCUGUGGAGAUUAAAGGAACUCGUUCCUUAAAACGUGCUGUCGAGCACGAUUCAUCAAGUGAUGAAGAAGACGGUAAAGAUGCAUUUAAAAAAUUAAAGCACGGUGUUGAUGUGAAAACUACAACAUCACAUAGUAAAGGGCUUACCAUAAAACUGAAACAACCUGCUCCUAAAAAAACCGACCCUAAACCAGAAUUGGUUAAAAAAGCAUCUGUAUUUGGUGAAAGUAGUGACAGCGAUGAAGCAGAAGAAAUGCCUCCAGAAGCAAGGAUGAGAAUGAAAAAUAUUGGAAGGGAUACACAGACAUCUGCUGGUCCCAACUCGUUUGGAAAAACGCGACAAGGUUUUUGUGAUUCCAAAAAAGUAUUUGAACGCCAAAUGAAAAAAGUAAUUGAAGAAAACUCAAGUGAAUAAUAUUAAUGUAUCAUUUUUAUGAAUAAAACGCACUUGUCUUUU